UGAAGCAGACGUUUUGCGUUCGGAACAGGAGUGAAUGUUUUAAAAGCAGUUAACUUCAUGUGCGACGUUGAAAAUUCAGGGGGAAAUUGACUUUGUCAGUAUUUUAUUGCUUCUAAAGAAAUUUAAAUAGUGAAUAUGGAUUCCGGAGGCUCUGGCGAACCCUUGGUGGAUUACUUUAAAAGUAUGCCGAAGGUAGAACUUCAUGCCCAUUUGAAUGGGUCUCUCAGUGAAAAUACUGUUCGUAAAUUAAUUGAAUUGAAAAAAGAAAAGGAAAAUAUCAGUCAAUCGUAUUUGAAUUUUUCUUAUUCUACAUCAAGAAAUUUGUUUGAGUGUUUUCAGCUGUUUAAUCUUAUACAUGGAAUAACAGACAGCCCUGAAGCCAUCUACAAGGCUACAUUGGAUAUUAUUGAAGAUUUUUAUAAUGAUGGUGUUCACUAUUUGGAACUAAGAACAACCCCAAAAGAAGUAAAGGAAAGAAUGACACAAGAUAUUUAUGUCGAAACUGUCCUAAAAGCAAUUAAUGAUGCUUGUACCUCCAGCUGUAAAGAAAUGACCGUGAAACUUCUGUUAUCUAUUGAUCGAGGGAGGCCUUUCAGUUUUGCUGAAGAAAUGCUGAAAAUUGCUCAAAAACAUACAAUACUUUCACCUGUGGUUACUGGAAUUGAUUUGAGUGGAAAUCCUAUGGCUGGUGAUGUAUAUAAAUUCAUUCCUUUAUUAGAAUAUGCGAAGAAAAUUGGACUCAGAUUAGCAGUUCAUAUCUCAGAAGUUCCUAAUGAAUAUAAUGAAGUGAAACAGCUUUUAAGACUGAAGCCAGAUAGAUUAGGCCAUGGAACAUAUUUGCACCCACUCAAAGGAGGAUCUCAAGAAAACUAUGAUCUUCUUCAUCAGCUAAGAAUUCCUCUUGAAAUUUGCCUGACAUCAAAUGUAAUAUCAAAAACUGUACCUUCGUAUGAAGAACAUCAUUUUCGACAUUUUAAAUCAGAAAAUUAUCCUUGUGUAUUAUGUACAGAUGACAAGGGCAUUUUCAGUACAUCAUUAUCAAAUGAAUAUUCACUGGCUUAUAAAUAUUAUGGCUUGACUAAAGAUGAAUUAUUUGAUUUGUCUUUUGAGAGCAUAAAUUAUACGUUUUCAGAUGAUGCAGAAAAACAAAAAUUGAGAGAAAUUUGGAAAAAAAGGAAGAACAUCAAUGAAGUAAAAUGAUAAACUAAUAAAAAUGCUUUUUUCACUUUUUUGGUCAAAAAGUCUACAGCUGAACUGCAGAAUGUAAUUAUCAUUGAAUUUAUUUUAUAUGCAUUUUAUUAUUCAAAUAUUAUAAAGAAUUUCCAUUCAGAAUUCUUGAUUAACACAAUCUGACUAUUUUGAUAGCUGAAGAAUGUAAAAUUAAAUUUUUUAUAAAUAUUUGCCUAAGAAUGGUAAUUUUGGUUAUACUCCCAGUUUAUUCAAAAUGUGAAUAUUGCUUAGAUUGUCAUGUAAGAUCAGGAGAGUUGUCCAGAAUCCCUUCCUAUAUAAUGUGUGUACUAGUAAUGAAAUGCUGAAUUCUGGAAUAAGGAAGAUGUAGUGCAUUAAGUUUUUUCCUUGCAUAUCUGCCUAAGAUAAAUACAAUUCAAGAUCUUUGUAACUUCUGUCACAAAACAAGUAUUUGACCUCGGGGCUAAAGCAUUGGUCUGUCAGAUUUCUAUGGUUAAAAGUGGAAGAAGAAGAAGGGAGUGACAAUGUAGUCGAGUUGACAUCGAAUUGCAGCAAAAAACAAUGCAAUGACAGGGGCUGAUUUAAUAUGAAACUUGGCUAAUCAGGAGUUGACUACAAUACAUGGUGAUUUCUAGUUAGCAAGGUCAAUGAGAUAGCAAUUUACUUUAGGUAAAACUUAAGAAUAGUUAUAUAUAUAUAUAUCAAAAGUAAAUCCAAAUCAUGAAUACAUAUUGAGAUAUCACCAUAGAGUAUGUCAAAUAUCCACUUCUCCCUAACUUUUCUCUAAACAUAGCGCGGGAACUACCUCCUACUUUAGUUUGACCAGUAGCUGAGACCACUGAACAUCGACAGUUUGACCAAAGUUUAAAUCUUAACAAAUGCAUGGGAAUUGUUUUCAUCUUUUCUACAUGUAAUGAGAAAAUGAUGCAGUUUCCCCUAGAAAGUCUUCCACGAAGGCAUCCCUCCGCUUAGGCAGAUAGGCCUAGUGCACUUUAUCAUCACCUAAUACUUGUACAUCCAGUUCAGUUAAAAUUAGCAGUAAUCCAAAUUGCAAAAAACUGGGAACACACAAUGAAAUAGCUAAUAAAUUAGAUCAUUUAAAAAAUCAUUAAGAAACAGAUGACUGCUUAUCACAAGGGCAAACUUAAAUUAAAACAUGAUAUGUUAAAAAAAAUAAUGCUUUCAUUAAUCACAAAAAUUUUCGAUUUUGGGCUGAAAAAAGACUGAGAUAAUUCCAAAAAUAUAUAAUUUAUGCAUGUUUUGAAAUUUUAAAAGACCAAAAUCUUUCAUUACAAAAUGUAAAUAAGCACUUGUAAGCCUACCAGUUUAGAAGGAAUAGAUGUCUGGUGUGGCAACAAUAAAGCCACAUUAGCUGGUAAAAAGUAUGUUCAUAAACAUUCUUUGCCACAACCUGUUUUAUUAGCUGUGUGUUUAGAAGUGUCUCUGACAAAAAACUACUGUCAAAUUGCAUUCAUGGAAGAACUCAAAACCCCAAUGAAAGUUGCUACAACGCUUACAAAAUGUAUUUCUUUCAUUUUGCAAUGAAAAAUGUUUCCAUAAGAUAAAAA